GAAGAAGAAAGGGAGGAAGUUAGCAAUAGAUCGCUAAGCUGGAAAGCUAGCGUGAAUUUAAUUGUCAAAAUGUGUAACGUCCAACAGCUGAGGGCGUUGGUGGAGCAGAGAGUAAAUGCAGCUGUUGAAGAGAUAUUUGGACUGUUUGAAAGAACCAUAGCAGAGUACGAGGAGGAACUUUCGAGAACAAAAAAGGAGAACGAGCGACAACGCGAACUGCUGAAGGCAGUUUUCAAGCCUUCCGUUCGUUUGCACCGAGCAGAUAUCCAGCAGGUGUCAGUGGAGAGUCAGGAAGUGGUUCCCUCUGAGCAGCAGGAAUGGAACUCCGGUGUGGGGCAAGAGUCAGAGCUCCCCCACAUUAAAGAGGAGGAACCGUGGGAGCAGCUUCAAGGGCUAGAGAAGGCCUGCAUCUCCAAGUUCACAUUUACCGGCAUCCCUGUCAAGAGUGAGCAUGAUGAAGCUUGGUCCUCCUAUCACUGUCCAAGUGAAGAGAACAGGCAGGCAGAGCCUCUAACGCAACACAUGACAACACAUGAUGAUGGGGAGCAUUGUGGAGGACCACAAGCAGACAGAAACUUUGCCCCACUGUCAGAUAUGGACUCUUCUGGGACUGAUCACAGUAAUGAUGCCAAAGAACCUUUGGAGAGUAAUAAGGACUCUGAAGGUGAUAUGAGACAUCACACUGACAACAAACACUUUGACUGCUCUGAAUGUGGGAAAUCGUUUGGGCAGAAGGCCCAUUUCAUAAGACACAUGAAAACGCACACAGGAGAGAAACCUUUUGCUUGCUCAGUUUGCGCCAAAAGAUUCUCCUUAAAGGAACACAUGAAAAAACACAUGAUGAUACACACGGGGGAGAAACCCUUCUCCUGUUCAGUUUGCUCUAAAGGAUUUCGAGUAAAGUACGAAAUGAUGAGGCACAUGAAAACGCACACAGGCGAGAAACAGUUUACCUGCUCCGUUUGCAUGAAAAGUUUCUCCCGGAAGGAUUAUAUGAUAAUACAUAGGAGAACACACACGGGAGGACAUUUCGGCUGCUCGCUUUGUCCUAAAAGAUUUUCUUGCAAAAGAUAUGUGAUGAUACACAUGAGGACACACUCCGGGGAGAAACCGUUCAGUUGUGAUGUGUGCGACAGAAGCUUCACUUACAAGUAUCAGGUGAACAAACACAAGUGUGCUGGUGCAGGAAGUGAAGCUGUGGAGUUUGAUUAAAAUUACAGGGAUAAUAGAAUUGAUUAAAUGUUUGUCUUGUAUAAUUUUGGUACUAAAUAUUGGGAAUAGAAAUGGCAUAUAAUGUAUGUCCAGCAAUUAUUUACCCUUUUUCUUAGUUUGUUUGUUUUCACUGAAAUGUGAAUUGUGUUUGUCCCUCAAGGAAUGGAAUUGUCUUUUGUGUAUACACACACAAACAUUCAUUCAUUCAUUUUCUACCGCUUUUCCUCAUAAGGGCUGGAGCCUAUCCCAGCUGUCUUCGGGCGAGAACACACAAACAUCCUUUCCAAAAAUAUGGAUUGUGGGAGGAAGAUGGAUUACCCAGAGAGAACCCACACCCGGGAAUAAUAUAAAUAAAUUACAAUAUGGUAUCAUCAAUAAGUUAAAAAAGUUUUGUUACUAAUUUCAGAAAAUGAAGGCCAUAUAUUUGUGCAUAUUCAUGAACAUGAAUAUCUAUUUGAAUGAACAUUCUUCCCUCUUAUCACUGAUACUUGCUUUUUUGUUAAAAUUGAACACAUGUAGUCAUAACAGACAUGAAAUAAACAUUUUUGGAACUUUUCUGUGUAAUUACCAGCUCUAAUUGUGUGGAAAUGACAUACCGUGUGUAUGGUCCUGUUUUAGCCUCGACACAGGAACACUACCUUGUUACCGGAACUAGUCUGACGCGUGGCUUUUUGGCGAUUCAGAAAAUCGUAGAUGUCCAGGCACAUGUAAGGUUAAAAACACACUUACUUUUCUUCUUAUUAGGUCCAUCGUUUAAA